AUGAACCCCACACUUUAUUCCGCACUCCUCCUCGCUCUCGCCGCUGCCGCUGUUGUUGUCCCCCCUGACAGCCAGAUCACAGCUGUCGCAGAGCCUGGAUUUGACACCGUCGCCAACUUGGAAGCUCGUGACCAUGACCAUAAGGACGACGACGAUAAUGACCAUAAGAGCUACUCCUGGAAUUCGGAAAAGCCGUGGUACGAGCAGACCUGGCUCAGCAAAUACAAAACCAAGCGCAAGUCUUGGAACUCUGAUCUGCCCUGGUACGAGCAGACUUGGCUUUCCCAGUAUGCCACUCGACUCCCCGCUGAGGUAACUGCAAAGACUAAGGUUGCCACUACCGCUGCACCUGCGAGCACUGAUCAGGGACAGGCGGCUACUCCAUCCGUAUCUUUGGCCAAUGGUGCUGGAGCCAGCUCUGCCAGCAUUGCGACAGCAAUUGUGGCCAUUCUCUCGAUUCUUUAG